UGGUUUCCCUCGCUGAGAUAUACAUAGGUGGCAGUUGCUGGAGUGAGGACUCUGUAAAAAUGCGACAAGAAAUUGCUCUGUUUUUCAUGGCGUAAUAAUCAAUCAUCGCCACCGAAUGUAAAAUCUAAGCCUUCACCAACUCUAUUCUCCCUGUUCUUUAUAUAUAUUCUACGAUUUGCGCCUCGCUUUUUUCUCUUUGCGUGUACCGAAAUUUACAGCCGCUUCUACAAGAUUCUUGAAGGUUUCAGAAGAAGCUCAAUCGGCUUCUGCCUUUAGAUCUGUUUUCUGAUCCCUUCAUCGCGUUUGAGCGCCUGUCAAACAUUCUGAACUUCAUUAUGUUUUGAUUCCGGUGAUUUUUUCUUCACUUUACUGAAAUUGCAAUCGACUUCCUCCACUUCUCUUUUACUUACAAAAUAGUAUCCCGAAAUAUCCAUGUUAGAGAACUUCUGGUGAGGACUUGCUGCGGUUUGGAAUGUGGGAUCGAAAACGUGAAGCUUUCUCAACGUACAAGCGAUUGUCAUAUAAAGAUAACGCAAAUCCAAUUGACAUGGAGGAUAAUUCAGCUCUUUUGCAGAGUGGUAAGGAUUUCGAAGCCUCAAACCCUUCGUGGAGUCUUUCUUUACCGCAUGUGCUAGUGGCAACCUUAACUUCAUUUCUAUUUGGCUACCACUUGGGAGUAGUAAAUGAACCACUGGAAAGCAUUUCUGCGGAUCUUGGUUUCAAUGGAAAUACAUUGGCAGAAGGUUUGGUUGUGAGUACGUGUUUGGGUGGUGCCUUAAUUGGAUCUUUACUGAGUGGUUGGGUAGCUGAUGGGGUUGGGCGUCGUAGGGCUUUUCAACUGAGCGCUUUGCCAAUGAUUCUUGGUGCUGGAAUGAGGUUGUUUUCUAAUCGUGAGGCAAUUCUAGCCAACGUUGACCGUGCUGUUCAUCAUACCUUCAUGCUUUUUACUCGGCAAUCUUUGGCAUUAUUUCCAUGUAUUAUAAUAAACUGUGCAAUGACCAAAACUCUCGCUGGAAUGCUUUUGGGACGAUUGUUUGUUGGGACUGGAAUGGGUCUAGGCCCUCCUGUUGCUUCUCUCUAUAUCACUGAGGUCUCUCCUGCAUUUGUGAGGGGAACAUAUGGAAGCUUCAUUCAGAUUGCUACAUGUCUUGGACUAAUGGCGGCCCUCUUAAUAGGAAUCCCUGUCAAGGAGAUAGUGGGCUGGUGGCGUACUUGUUUCUGGGUGUCUACUAUUCCAGCUGCAUUAUUAGCUCUAGCCAUUGUAUUUUGUGCCGAGAGUCCACAUUGGCUUUAUAAGCAAGGACGGACUGAGGAAGCAGAAACUGAAUUCGAGAAGCUUCUUGGUGGAUCACAUGUAAAAUCUGCUUUGACAGAGUUGUCCAAGUUUGACAGGGGAGAUGAACCAGAUGAUGUAGAACUUUCGGAAUUGCUCUUUGGUCGCCACCUACAAGUUGUUUUUAUUGGAUCAACUCUAUUUGCUUUACAACAACUAUCUGGAAUAAAUGCUAUAUUUUAUUUCUCCUCGACUGUUUUUAAAAGUGCGGGAGUACCAUUGAACCUUGCAAAUGUCUGCGUGGGAAUUUCAAAUUUAGCAGGAUCUGUAAUCGCAAUGCUUUUAAUGGAUCGAUUAGGAAGAAAGCUGCUUCUUCUUUGGAGCUUUUCUGGGAUGGCUGUAGCAAUGGCCCUCCAAGUAGUCGCAGGAAGUUAUCAUUCCUCAGACUCCAGAGCUGUAUACUUGUCUGUAGGUGGCACGUUGAUGUUUGUCUUAAUGUUUGCUCUGGGAGCUGGUCCGGUUCCAGGUCUUCUUUUACCAGAAAUUUUUCCCAGUCGGAUAAGAGCAAAAGCUAUGGCAAUCUGCAUGUCGGUGCAUUGGGUGAUAAAUUUUUUCGUCGGAUUGCUCUUUCUACAAUUGUUGGAGAAGAUGGGGCCACAGCUUCUGUAUUCUGGUUUCGCUACAUUCUGCUUGAUUGCAGUUGUAUUCGUGAAAAGGAAUGUGGUGGAAACCAAAGGAAAAUCACUUCAAGAAAUUGAAAUAGCACUUCUACCUCAAGAAUAAUGCAUAAACACUAGGCUGGUAGCUUCCUCAAAUCUCAUGAAGAUCACUGCAGAUAAUAUACUAUGCAGUAUUUCCUCCACUUCCAAAUAUCUAUUAACCGAUGCCCUUGCUUAGAAUCAUUCACAUUGUUUUGUUAUCAAACAAUCUAUAUGUGCGUGUAAUCUAUUACUGUAGAGCAGUAUUUCCUUGUCAGAAAUGAGUGUAUAAUAGAGAGCUAAAAAUUAAGCGAAUACAGAGAAAUGCCAGACUUGAUUUUGUCUCA